AUGAUGGCCAUCUCAGCCGGCCUGUGGCUCAAUUUCAUCCUAAACAAAUUCAACCUCAAACACAUCACAAAACAUCUAAAAAUUGCCAACUACGACGAACGGUCACUGGAAAAAUCUACUACUCAUUUCUACCUUUGCGAUGUAUCAUCAGACCUAACAGCGAUCAUUUACCACAACAUUUGGAACAAUGAUCAUAUUCUCUUUAAACAAAUUAAAAUUGUUCGAUCAAUUUUGAAAGAUGAAUUGGUGGUUAUGACUGAUUCCAAUUCAGGUGAAUGUCGAUUCGAUAUAAUUUAUAUAGAUCCAUUAAGAUUCACUGAAAUCAACAUCGAUCGUGUCAUUUAUUAUAGUGGUGGAACUGAUUCAAAGUUAGCAUAUAAGAAGUCAUAG